UUUCCCCGCUGUUGCACCAGCCGGCUUCUCUCUUGUCCUCUACUGUACGAGCUGUCUGUUCGAAUCUCUGAAUUACAUGUUUUUCCUGUGACGGGGGGAUCAGAAGAGCAUAUUGCGCAGUCUUUACGCAAGGUUGAUAUGCGAAGAAAAGCAGAGAUGCGCUCUCCGGACUCACUUCAUUGAUGGUCGUGAGCUUCCAUCAUAGGCCCUGUAACGUUACUAUCUGAUUACUGGAGCCAGUUCCUCAUAUGAAAAUGGUCCGGUGAAAUGUAGUUUCCGAUCACGGAAGGGAUUCUCAGCGCUAAGGUCAAGACUUGUCUUUUGAAAAAUGAAAAUUUGGAGCACGGAACAUGUUUUCAGUUACCCAUGGGAGACGGUGAUCAAGGCUGCCAUGAGGAAGUACCCAAACCCCAUGAACACUAAUGUGGUCGGGGUGGACGUUCUGGACCGCAGCCUGGAUACACAGGGACGCCUGCACAGCCACAGACUCCUCAGCACAGAGUGGGGCCUCCCAGGCAUUGUGCGAGCGAUACUGGGAACCAACCAUACGCAGACGUAUGUGAAGGAACACUCCAUAGUGGACCCAGAGGAGAAAAAGAUGGAGCUGUGCUCAACAAAUAUUACUCUCACCAACCUGAUUUCAGUGGAUGAGAGGCUUCUUUACAGACCGCACCCAGACAACCCCGAGGUUACCGUCCUGACCCAGGAGGCCAUCAUCACAGUCAAGGGAGUGAGUCUAAGCAGUUACCUGGAGGGGAUGAUGGCUAGGAGAAUGUCAGCUAACGCCAGGAAGGGUUGGGAUGCUAUUGAGUGGAUUAUUCAGAACUCUGAAAGCGAGAACAUACCUCUGUGACAUUUACUAACUCUGGACUGCAGUUCUACAGUGACAACUGCUUUCCCCGCUACACCUCAUACGCCACCGGGGGAUUCUCAGCGUCUCGGGAUCCUCUGCAGUUGGUACUUAUAUCGCCAUGCACUGGAAGCU